AUGGGCGGGAGAUACCCUUCCACUCCGCCUGGGGCGCGCUAUUGCACCAGCCAAGUCAAGAUGGAGGUUCUCCUAGGCAUAACAGGCAAGGACUUUACGCUGAUCGCGGCGUCCAAGGCCGCCAUGCGAGGCGUCACGAUCCUCAAGGCCGAGGAUGACAAGACCCGGCAACUGAACAAGCACACUCUGAUGGCAUAUGUUGGAGAGGCCGGCGACACUGUGCAAUUUGCCGAGUAUAUUCAAGCCAAUGCCCAGCUCUACUCCAUGCGCAACGAGACCGACCUGUCCCCCUCAGCACUUGCCAACUUCGUCCGCGGUGAGCUGGCAUCAAGCCUGCGGUCACGGAAACCCUACAACGUCAACCUUCUGUUGGGUGGGGUUGACCCUAUCACACACAAGCCAAGCUUAUACUGGCUGGACUACCUCGCGUCGUUGGCAUCCGUUCCUUACGCCGCGCACGGCUACGCACAAUACUACUGUCUUUCCAUCCUUGACAAGCACCACCAUCCCGAUAUUACCCUGGCCCAGGGCCUCAAGAUCCUCCAAAUGUGCGCAGACGAGCUGAAGAGAAGGUUGCCGAUUGAUUUCAAGGGUAUGACGGUCAAGGCGGUGACAAAGGACGGAAUUGUGCCCAUCGAGUUCGACAACUCCAAGGUGGUCAAGAGUGCAUGAUUUUUCUGAACCAGGUCUCGCAAGGCGCACGCGGCUUUUGGUUCCGGCCUGGGCAAAGAAGGGCGGGACUCUGUAUUAUACCAUGGCAAAGAGGACAUAGAGACAAUCAACGGACACGAUCAUGAU